UCGUCUACGCCAUUGAAGCAAUUCCACUUUGUUCGUAAAGUUUCAAUGAAAUAAAUUAGUUAAUUUGUAAAAAAGAUUAAAUGAAAUAUUAAUAAUUGUUAAUUUUAUUUGUUCUAUAAUUAAUUGCAUGUCUGUUAAAUUAAGUGAUUGUGGGUUACGUUUAAUAAAUUGAAAUACUUUCACUUUGCAUCGUGAAAAAAUGAGCACCGAAGAAAUUCUUUUUGUCCACUGGAGUACUUAAAUAACUGCAUUUACAACGGCAACACACCCGUAAAGAAAGCAAGCAGCGUCAACGCAUUGGUUUCGAUAAAAGAUUUUGUUGCUUGCAUUUUAUAAGUUUCGUUAUUGUUGUAAAAGAAAAAAGAACGGAUAUUGGAAUAUUUAAAAUAGAAUUUGCAAGUGCCUAUCCUGCCCCUUGAUCUCUCUCUUUUUCAUCCAUUUUGUCAUUACAAUGUUUAGUAUCAGUGAGUUAUGUUGCAUGUUUUGUUGUCCACCAUGUCCGGGACCGAUUGCUGCCAAGUUGGCCUUUCAACCGCCUGAACCCACCUAUAAGUUAACUCCAGCUGACGAUGCCAAUGUUAAGUACAAUUUGCAUUUGUUUGAUCGUGCCGAAUGGCAAUAUUCAGAACGUGAUAAAUCCAAAGUUGAAGCAUUUUUUACACGCACAUCUCGAGGAAACCUAAUCACUUGCAUUUAUGUACGUUGCAGUAAAAACGCUAAAUAUACACUACUAUUUUCGCAUGGAAACGCUGUUGACCUAGGACAAAUGAGCAGCUUUUAUAUAUCACUUGGUUCACAGUUGAACUGCAAUAUAUUUGGUUAUGACUAUUCGGGUUAUGGGAUGAGUGGUGGGAAACCGUCUGAAAAGAACCUCUAUGCUGACAUCGAAGCUGCUUGGCAAGCUAUGAGAAAUAGAUUUAAUAUUAGUCCAGAAACAAUUAUACUGUAUGGGCAAAGUAUUGGUACUGUGCCUACGGUAGACUUAGCAACACGCCAUGAAGUGGGAGCGGUUAUAUUACAUUCUCCAUUAAUGUCUGGCUUAAGAGUUGUUUUUAGGAAUACAAAACGUACAUGGUUCUUCGAUGCUUUUCCAAGUAUUGAUAAGGUAUCUAAAGUGAAAUCCCCUGUAUUAGUAAUUCACGGAACUGAUGAUGAAGUAAUUGACUUUUCACAUGGCAUUGGCAUUUAUGAACGUUGCCCAAAAGCAGUAGAACCUCUUUGGGUUGAGGGUGCUGGGCAUAAUGAUGUUGAGCUACAUUCACAAUAUUUUGAACGACUGAAAAAAUUUCUAACCGUAGAAUUAGUUAAAUGACAAUUAAAGAACUCGACUGAAGGGGCUAAUAAUACCAAAGCCCAGACAGCAGCGUCAACUAACAAAACUGUUAGUUCUAAUACAACUGCUACUCUUAAUGCUGCUGCUGUCCCCCUAACCGCUACCACUACUGCUCCCCAAGGUGAAGAAAAA